AAAAACUUCAUAAAAUUAUGCAUAUCAUAUUUUAGAUUUAUUUCACUCUGGUGUUUUUUUCAGGAACAGUCAGCAAGGCAAGCGACCUUAGCAGUUCCACUGAAAAUCGAAGUGAACAACGACGACGACCAAGCAUUUUCUCCAGAAAGUACUAAACGCGAUAAGAAGCCAUUCACUUAUUUUUCGGGUGGAAAAGCACCGGAUUUGUCUGGCAGGCCUUCGCCAAGCAUCAUCAGAAAGACCAACACGCUAACCGGUGGACCGCAAGUGCCUCGCACACUUCCGAUUGUUCCUGACCUACAGUACAGCGAAAAUCCGUCUCCACAACAGCAGCCGGCGAAAGACAUGGCAACUCUGACUCAUCAACAGUACAACAGUCCAAUGGCCCUGUAUUCGAAGGAAAACAUUCAAGAGGUGCUACAGCAAUCUGCCGAUGGUCCGCGACCAUUCAGGGCAGAUGCAGGAAAAUACGAUCUGACGCAUUCACAAACUUAUCAGCUAGUCCAUGAGCAAGAUCAGAUUUCUCCGCGUCACAGCGCACGCUACGAAGACUCCUCAGGUAGCGAGUACCCCCGAUACAAGGGCUACGUUGAUGCAAACUUACAAUCUCCAAGUUUCAGAAGACUGCAGUACAUGACUGGAGUAGAAUCGGAAAGCGAUACUGAGGCUAAAGUAGUCGAGCACCAUCCUGAUUUUACUGGUGGCUCGGCAGUUAAGCACGAAGUUUAUGAAGAAGAAGCGACUCGACGGGAAGCUCCUGCAAAGGCCUCCGUCUACUCCCAUUCUGCUGGCGGUCAGGCAGAAGAAGUGAGCGACUAUGAUCACCCGUUGGACGCCCAGUUCACGCAAAAGAUUUUGGAGGCUGAGAAGCCAAAAGUGCCCGUAGAAGCACCUCCGGUGUGGGCGCGUACAGCCCAAGCGAAACACGCAAAAUGGCAAAGUUCGAAUGAGGCUAGGGGUCAGCAACAGGAAGUGGUUGCGCAGCAGUCUCGACCGAGAUCUGAGGUAGACAGAUGGCAGAAAAGCUAUCAAUACGAAGAAUAUCAGCCAGCCGCCGUAGAAGCGAAAGGAUCGUUGCAACGAGCUUCCAGCCAAAGCCGUGCGACCGAAACCAAGCCAUACCAGGAAAAGUCGAGGGGAUAUUAUUCGCUGCGAUCGUCGAAAGACCACUGGUUGAAACCGUACGUAGCCCCUAACGUAACAACGUUCAGAAGCACCGGUGCCGGGGCCAGUAAGGGCAAGACCGUACUUGGCUACUCUGAAAGCACAGAAGCAAAAAAACCGCUCGAGUUUGGUACGUUCUACGGGCCGGGAGAAAAGACCACCUACUCUUCCUCAACGACCACCACCGUACGCAAAUCGGAAACAUUGCCGAGAACGUACGGCGCUAGUCAAGUGGCCCCAGUUGGAUAUGCACCAAAAAAACAAGUGACCAUUUCGUCACUGGUCAGCGGCGAGGCGGAAAAGCCCUCCUAUGUAACCGAAGAGGUACCACCAUGGCACAAGCACGCCGAGUACAAGCGAACCGUGUGGGAGAAGAAGCGCACAGCGAUUGACCCUGAUCAGCAGCAGAAGCCGGCGAUCGCCGGGGAGAGGCCGUCGUGGACGCAGAAGGCGGCGGAGAAACAGAUUUCCUGGGAGGUGCAUGGCAACCACAUUGAUCCAAGGACCCACCGACCGCCUCCUCCUGAAGGCACUGGACCUCAAUGGACCAAGAAGGCUGAAAAGACUCAUUCGAUAUGGCAGCACGAAGCUGACGCGUGGUUGCAGAAGAAGCAGAUGGAGGAUGAGCUGUCAAACCGUGGCUAUUCAGCUCAGUACUCGACGAAGACGACGACGCGAACUUCGGCUCCAACCACCACUCCGCCAUCGACCCCGGCUGCGGCAGGGUCGGUGCCCGCCUACCAUGAUGAUGCAAGCCCGCCGUGGCGUCAAAAGAAAGUACCGCAUGAGAGGGUUUCUGGCAGCGAGGACGAGGUCAGCAGAUAUCACGACCUUACGACGUCCAUCUCCCAAACAACGGCACAGACACCGCGUGGAGAGACGAAGUCGAAGACGUCCGGAAGCUACAUUGACCCAGAGGGGCACACCGUGGACUACGUGAAGGAAGCAUACACCACAGUGGACCCGGGUAAGGAGUUCAGCAUGCUGACCGAGGAACAGCGCAAAGUGCUGGAGGAGCCGCUGGAACCGGGAGUCAUCUCCAGACACGUCACGACCAAAUACUACAAGAAGGCAACGUACACGAGCACGUCGACGACCACCACCACUCAGGCACCGCCGAUUGCCUCACAGUCCUCGUCCUCUGCGACCAGCAUCGGCAUGAACGGCCCGGCGGGUCAAAUGGGUGUCGGCGUUACGCAAUUCUGA